GCCUCCCCUCAUUCACCUCCCGACCCGCCCUAAACCGUCGCGGCACGCGCACCAUUCUAUACGCGCCCUUGACAAUUCCAUGACAUCGACCUCCGCCACCUCCGCCCCGCUCGCCUCACUAUCCGAUGACAUCCAACGGGCACUCCAGCAGGCUGUAGGAGACGCGAACAAUGCCGCCAACGCCGCCGCCGUUCAGGCCAAGGCGAAGAAGUCGAAGCGGCAGCGGGACGAGGCUGGGGAUGGGACCGUGGCGGAGGACGCUGGCAACGUGAGGAAGAAGAAAAAGUCGAAGCACCGUGACGCGAGUGCGAGUGCGAGUGCGGAGCAGGCGGGUGCAAGCACGAGCGAGUCCCCCUCGGGAUCGAGCAAUGAGCGCACGCCUGGCGCUGUGUCAGGCGCGGGUGCAGGUGUAAGUAACGAUACUCCGGGGGCAAGUCCGGAUAUCACUGCAACCGCGCCUUCCAAAAAGAAAAAAAAGGGCAAAGGCAAGGAGCGUGCGCACGAGGACCAGUCACAAUCUCAACCCAUAUCACUACUAUCUGCCCCCGACGCGCUUGCUCCUGCGCAGGUUGUCCCCACCCAAGGCGAGAUCCCCCAAGCCGUGAUCCAGCAGCCCGUACCGACGACGAGCAGCAGCGUGGUCCCAAUGGACCUUGCGACGUCUUCCGCGGACUUUAUCUCUGCAGUGGUUGCGGCGGCCUCGGCGACCGCCGGGCAGCAACCUCAGGGUGGGCAGUCCCUCGACCAGGCGAUGCAGCAGUAUAUGGCCUAUCCACCCCCCGAGUUCGACCCUUACGCCUACGCCGGCCCUCCCCCAGGUCAUCCUCCACACCCGCCCUCAGGACUGCCGCCGGCGCACGGGCAGCCGCACCAUCCGUUCCCAGCACCGUUCCCAGAUAUGACGGGCAUCCUGCCCGACUUGAACUUCGCGUCCAGCGAGGACCUGCUACGCAGCCUGCAAGAGUUCGAUAUCUCGAAGGUUGUCACCGUGCUCAAGACGCUUGGCGAGGCAGCUGCCGCUGCGAACAUCCAUCUGAACGGCCCGCCGAUGUUCGUGCCCGUUCCCCAGCAGCCGCCUCCCCCCACGGUGCAGCAGCAGCCGGUGCGGUCGGAGGCGAUUCUGGGCAGGCCCCCGAAGCAGAAGAAAGGCAGGGGGCAGGGAGCGAACGGGGCAGGGGGGACAGGGGAGGCUGCCCCGCCUCAACCGGAUAACCCUGACCAUGCGCAUAUGCUCGCGAACGUGUGGAUGAACGCAUCGAAGCUUGCGGAAAUGGUCCGGACGGAAGGCUUGGUGUAUAAGAAGGGCAAAUUCUCUGCGACGGAGGAGGCGCAGCUGGCCGCUGCGAUCGAGCGGUACCGCGUCAAGAAGGGUCUUUCUCAGGCUGAGCUCGACCAGAUCGUGUUCUCAAACAAGGUGGGGCGGGAGAAGGGGCACGAGUCGUUCUGGUCGGAGAUCACGUCUGCAUUGCAGCUGCGUCCCAUCAUCGCCGUGUACCAUCAUGUCAGGCGGACACGACAUCCGUAUGCGGGCAAGGGGACAUGGACAAAAACUGAGGAUGAAUUGCUGAUCCAGUCUGUACAAGACCUUGGGCAACAAUGGGAAAAGAUCAGCGACAUCGUUCAGCGGACGGCCGCGGACUGUCGUGAUAGGUACCGAAACCACCUCCAGGAUCGGGACGUCCGGCGUAGUGGAACGUGGUCCAAAGAGGAGGAGGAAGAGCUGACGAGAAUCGUGACGGAGAUGACGGUAGGCCAGGGCAAGGACAUGGACAACGACAUCUUCUGGGGCGUCGUGAGUCAGAAGAUGGGCGGUACGCGGGGUCGACAACAAUGCAGGAUCAAAUGGACCGAUUCUUUGGCUCCUCAGCUCAAGAAUACGGGCGAGCGGCCGCGCUGGAGUGCGAUGGACGCUUAUAUUCUAGUGCACAAGGUCGACUCGAUGAACGUGCGAGACGACACAGAGAUCGACUGGAAGCUGCUGCCCGACGAGAACUGGAAUGUCUGGAGCGCGCACUCGCUGCAGAGGCGGUGGCUAACAAUGAAGCGGAGCAUCAAGGGCUUCGAGGAGAUGUCCCACGCAGAGAUCAUGGAGAUCCUGAAAACGAAGAAGGCGCAGUCGCCACCGCCAUCGUCAAUAAGCCGAAAGAAAAAGAGCAAGUUCACUAGCGCGGAGGCGGUGAACGAUGUCGACGACGUUGAGAUGGAGGGGCAGCCGGAGGCGGGGUCGAGCAGCGGGCCCGGUACCUUUGUCGGUGCUGCGGGUCUAGACUGAAGGGGCACAAAGGACGUGGUGGAAUG